CGCUAGGUAACUUUUUAUCGGCGAUAAAAAUGCUUGUAGGAAUGCGUAAAAUCAUUGAAUAAAAACACAUUCAAUGGUAAAAUAUAAUGGUUGUGAAAUUACUGUCUUUUGAAUUUUUUAUUCAAUGCCCAAUCUGAUUGGUUAUGGUGUUAGUGGCGUCAUCUAUUUAUAGUUAAGUGGACUAGUGGCGUUUGUUUGCUCGGUAGGUUGAAAAUAAAAACGUUCACUGCACCGCAUUGCACUCCUCACAUUUGACAAGGGUCAUCUUCGUACGAAGGAGGUGGUUCGAAAAAAAGAUGGCCGUAUUUAUAGUUAUAUAUACAAAAUAGAGGAAAAUAAUGUCAAAUGUGUGAAGAGGGUGUUAUCGUUAAGUGAAAUUGAAAAGUUGAUCUAAUCAAUGGCUGUGAUAAGAAAAGUAUUUAUGAGGCGGAAGAGUUUUCUAGUUGGGCGAAUUUCCUCUGGCAAAUUGACCACCUGGUUGUUGUCUGUUGUCAAACUGACAUCAAUUAAAAUGCGAUAGUAGCAACAAAACGAUGGGAGAUUUGGUCCGAAUUUAGUUUUGAUAUUAAAGUCAGACAAACGUGACGGAUGCCUCCGUUGGUGGAGCAGUACCCCUUCAAGUCCAUGGAAUCGCCCCGCAAUGGAGACAUGGUCAGCUCGGUGCAUGUUGGCGAGCACUCGCAUUUCCCCCGAAACCCGAUUUCAUCGACCUUAUGGACGGCUCUUUACGACUACGAAGCGCAAGGUGAAGACGAGUUAUCGUUGCGGAAAGGGCAAAUUGUGGAAGUGCUUUCUGAGGACUCGAAAAUUUCAGGUGACGAGGGUUGGUGGACCGGUAAAAUUGGGGAAAAAGUCGGUAUUUUUCCCUCAAAUUUUGUAGUAUACGACGACCCCAUCAAUCACGUUAACUCAAUUAUAAGUGAUAUACAUCCCAUUGAAAUUGAUUUUAGUGAAUUGGACUUAGAGGAAGUGAUCGGGGUGGGGGGCUUUGGGAAAGUAUACAGAAGUAUAUGGAAAAAUCGUGAAGUGGCUGUAAAGGCCGCAAGACAGGAUCCGGACUCCGAGAUCGCGGUUACGUUAGCCAAUGUUCUUAAAGAAGCAAAACUGUUUUGUCUUUUACAGCAUGAAAAUAUAGUGUCCUUAGAAGGGGUGUGCCUCCAAGAACCUAAUCUGUGUCUUAUACUUGAAUAUUGCAGAGGCGGUUCGUUAAAUAGAGUGUUAACCGGUCGAAAAAUACGACCGGAUGUACUAGUGGACUGGGCAAUACAAAUUGCACGAGGGAUGGAUUAUUUACAUUGUGGCGCGCCAAUUUCUUUAAUUCAUCGUGACUUGAAAAGUUCUAACGUUCUCUUAAGUGAAGAAAUUUCAAACGAAGAUUUGCAAUUUAAAACACUUAAGAUUACGGAUUUUGGACUUGCGAGGGAAGUUUACAAAACGACAAGGAUGUCGCAGGCGGGAACGUACGCAUGGAUGGCUCCUGAAGUGAUUAAGAACUCGACAUUUUCAAAGGCGAGUGACAUUUGGAGUUACGGAGUACUCUUGUGGGAACUUUUAACCGGAGAAACUCCCUACAAGGGUAUAGAUACGCUUGCUGUGGCGUACGGCGUUGCGGUCAACAAACUUACCUUACCUAUUCCAAGCACGUGUCCUCAACCAUGGCGCGAUCUUAUGGAAGCCUGUUGGGAAUCGGACCCUCACAGACGACCGACGUUUGAGGAAAUUCUGGACGCUUUAGAUAACAUCGUACACUCUUCUUUUACGCAAACACCACACGAGAGUUUUCAUACCAUGCAGGAAAAUUGGCGGCAAGAAAUAGAAGAAGUCCUCUUAGAAUUGCGCAGGAAAGAGAAGGAGCUGCGAUGUAGAGAAGAGGAUUUAAAUAGAGCUCAGUUGCAGCAGCGGUUGCACGAGGAGCAACUGAGACAGAAAGAGCAAGAACUGCAAGCUCGAGAAAUAGAUUUGUUAGAGAGAGAGCUGCAUUUUAUGAUUAAGCAACAGACGCCCACACCUAACAAAAGGAAAGGGAAGUUCAAGAGGUCAAGACUGAAAUUGUUAAAGAAAGAACCCGGAACGAAUAUUAGUUUUCCAUCCGAUUUUAGGCAUACAAUUACGGUGCAGCACACGAUAGAUAACAAAGCGAUUACUGGCGUAAUUUCACCUCACAGUCCACCCGGUUCUCCUGCAAUACCACGGUUACGUGCUAUCGCCC